CAUGUUGUCAUGUUUGUUAUGAAACGCUUUUCUUGUACCGCAUGCGUUGAGGAGUGAAGGAUCUGUUUAUUUGUAUUUUAUAUGGUUCAGCAGUUUACUUGAAACUAUGUGGAUCAUUCCUAUUUUAAGCCGAUUUUCAUCACAGCUGGGCCGUACCAGGGCGUUACACACCAGUAGCGGGCUCCUCUUUCGGUGUACACCGACCCUCUGUGCAGAACCAUUGAAAAAGAAGAAAAAACUCGAUCCACAGAUUAUCAAACAGCGGGAAGAGCGCAGAAGAAAACGGCUGGAAAAACAAAUAAGACGGUUGGAAAAGAAUGCUCGUCAGCUGAAACCAAUUGAGGAGCUGGAAACUCCGAUGGAACUUAUCGAUGAGCAGGGGAAACGAAGGCGUGCCUCGUCUAAGCUAUCGCCCGAGCUUAUCGAGACACGUGCAUUGCUGGAGAAGCAAUGGGCCAAGUUCAAGAUGCAGGAGAAACUAGCUGACUAUCAGCUGUUCGACCGAAUUGUGACCGCUCAGACGAAGGCAUUGAACGAAUUGAAGCUCGAGUCCGAGGAUUUGUAUCAGCAAGCCAUUCAGCCUGACUCAGCGUUGGUCCCAUUUGGUGCGGAGGGACCGGUGGCAACACCUCCAAUCAAAAACUACGAGCAACCGGAUGGCGAAUACAUUGAUGUGUCGAAAAAAUGGGAGUAAUACUGACCGUAUGAAACCCAACCUAGUUCGUACCACCAGCGAAGAAAGGAACACACCGAUUGUAGAUUUUGUUAGAUUUUAGUAUCCAGUCAAACUAUUUUUAUCGUAAAUCAUGUUGAACUGUCAUGCCCAUCCCACAUAGAUCCAAUUCGACAGUAGUUGAUUAAAAGUAAGAAUGAAAGUGUUAGAAAUAGCGAUAUUCGUAUACGUUCGCAUUUGCUUUAUAAAUUACACAUAGGGAACAAAUGCGGCCUUCAUCAACAUGAACCUGAUUGACGCAAAA